AUGUUGGCUAGCGUACGAAGAGCGCCGGCCGUGCGCCAGUGCCUCCGCCAGAUUUCCCGACCAGCAUUCGCUCAGACACAAUUCCGAGGAUACGCAGUCACGGCACCCCACGAGAAGGUUGCCAAGUUCAACGGCACGAAGGGCAGCGAUGGUAAAUACACCGUCUCAUUCAUAGAAGGUGACGGUAUUGGCCCUGAGAUCGCUCAGUCCGUCAAGGAUAUCUUCUCCGCCGCCAACGCGCCCAUCAAGUGGGAAUUCUGCGACGUCACUCCUCAGCUCAAGGACGGAAAGACUGUCAUCCCCGACUCGGCCAUCGAAAGCAUCACCCGCAACUACGUUGCGCUCAAGGGCCCUCUCGCUACGCCCAUCGGCAAGGGCCACGUCUCGCUCAAUCUCACCCUUCGUCGGACAUUCAACCUCUUCGCCAACCUCCGUCCCUGCAAAUCCAUUGCAGGCUACAAGACCCCCUACGAUGAUGUUGACAUCGUCCUGAUUCGUGAGAACACCGAGGGUGAAUACUCUGGUAUUGAACACGUCGUUGUCGACGGUGUCGUUCAAUCCAUCAAGCUCAUCACCCGUGAGGCUUCCGAGCGCGUCUUGCGAUAUGCUUUCCAACACGCCCAAGAGAUUGGCCGUAAAAAGGUCCGUGUUGUACACAAGGCCACCAUCAUGARGAUGUCCGAUGGUCUCUYCCUCAGCACUGCCCGCGAUGUUGCCAAGGACUACCCCGAUAUUGAGUUUGACGCAGAGAUGUUGGACAACACCUGCUUAAAGGUCGUUACGGACCCUCUCCCGUACAACGACAAGGUUCUUGUCAUGCCCAACCUUUACGGAGACAUCCUCUCCGACAUGUGUGCCGGUCUGAUUGGUGGUCUUGGUUUGACGCCGUCCGGAAACAUUGGAGAUGAGUGCUCCAUUUUCGAGGCUGUCCACGGUUCCGCUCCUGAUAUCGCCGGCAUGGCGCUUGCCAWCCCCACCGCAUUGCUCCUCAGUUCUAUCAUGAUGUUGCAGCACAUGGGUCUGAAUUCGCAUGCUGAUGCCAUUCAAAAGGCUAUUUUCAAGACCCUAGCAGAGGGCAAAUACCUAACAGGCGAUCUCGGCGGCAAGGCCAAGACACACGAAUACGCGGAUGCUGUUAUCAAGAACUUGUAG